UAAACAAAAAAAAAAUGUCAGUGUAAAUCCGACCGAAACUUUCCAAACAAAAAAAUAAGAACCAUUAUUAUAUUCAAAAUUAUAUUACUACCUAGGUACGGUAUCGUAUCGUGUCCCUUCUCAUUUUGAAAUUUUAAAAAUCUUUAGAAUGCGUUUGUUAGGUAUUAGUUUUCUAAAAAGUUGCAAAUUCAAGUCAAACUGGUACAACAGUUCUCGGAAGAUCGUAACAGAAGUGGUGCCGCCACAGGAGACUGUCGACAGAAUUCCUGCUGCCGAUCCAUCCUUGGUAGAGAUCUUGCCGUCAUGGCCAGAAACAGAAGAGCCGGAACUGCGUGCCGCUGUCCUUAGAGACAUGCAGGUCCUGCCUAAUUUUGUGUCGGAGGAGGAAGAAUCUUCCAUGGUCCAAGAACUCGAGCCAAGGCUUAAGAGGAUGAGAUAUGAAUUUGAUCAUUGGGAUAAUGCGAUCCAAGGCUACCGUGAGACAGAGUACAGCAACUGGAACCCCACGAAUGCCCGCGUGAUGUCGCGCGUGCUGGCCACCGCGUUCCAGACGCCGGCCGCGGGCGAGGCGCUGCCGCACGCUCACGUGUUGGACCUAGCGAGUGCUGGAUUCAUUAAGCCACAUAUUGACGCUGUUAGAUUCUGUGGUGAAGUGAUAGCGGGGAUUUGUCUGCUAUCCUCAGCUGUGAUGAGACUCCAGCAUGAGAAACUGCCGCAUCUGCAGGUAGAUGCCCUGUUGGAGCGACGAGCCAUGUACAUCAUGAGAGGCAGCGCCCGCUACGUGUUCACGCACGCAGUGCUGGGCGGCGAGCGCAGCGCGUGGCGCGGCGCGCGGCUGCCGCGGCGGCGGCGCCUCGCCGUCAUCACCAGGAGCUGCCCUCUAUCUGAGGACACUAAAUAGAUAUUACUUAUUGAAAUGUUUAACGAAUUUAUAUCAUUCUCGAGAGUUCAGUAUCUGAAAAAGUAAAAAGCGAACCCUUGUUUGUCUCACUCCUGUUUGGCCCCAGACUAACUAAAAAUACUAAUAAAUUUAGUAGAGUCUUGAGAAGAAAUUGGCUUGUCAGAGUGUGAAACGAUUUACCAACAAAGUAUAAGUUGCCGAAAUUUUAAAUUUAUUACUUAGAAAGCUAAACCUAUGUUGUAUUUUACAUUUUAUGUUCGUAACAAACUACAUAUUAUAUAAAGUUGCGAAGAGAGUGCCUUGUGAUAUUAUAGAUAAAUAUUGACAAUUUAUGUGUUAAUUGUUAAACUUGGAACCUAGGUAACCUGCUGUUGUUUUUAAUA